GGAAUUAGCUUUCUGAGCAAUGCUCUAUAAAUUGCACAGCUUUCUAAAACGGUUUUCUCCAUUUCAAAUGGGAAUUGCAGCUCUCUAGAUUCAAAGAGGUACUUGCAGCUGAGAUCCUUCGUGCUUGUAACAGUGCUGGUGGGAUUUUGGGUGGAGAUCUGUCUGUAAACCUCCUGAACAGCAUCAAGUGUUGCUGGCAGUACUGAUAAGCACUGGUGCAGCUGCAGAAUGCUCUUGGAAUACCUGCUGGAUUUUUUUUCAUGUAUAUAAGAGCUGAUAAUUUUCCUCUCAGCUAAGCCAAUUUUCCAAGGGGUAACCUGGCAAAUGGUCUGCUCAAUGUAAACCAGGUUAUAGCAGCAUAAAAGCAGCUUUGUCUGCACGAUGGUUUCCUCUGUACCAUGCAAGGGGGAAGUGAUUUUUGGUGCUUCUCUGGGCUCAGCAGCAGUUGAAGGCGCUGGCGUUUCAGCAGAGCUGUGUGUGGCCCCAUUCCAGCUUUUUCCUGCUCUGCCUUGCACCCUGGCCUGUUUACUCUCUGCUCUGUGGUAAAUGGAUGUCACUUCCUUCAUUAAAAUGCUGGUGCGUGGCCAGGUUCCCUUCCUCUGGGCUCGCACGCUCGGAGCCGCGGCGCUGCCGAACCCAGCUGUGUGCCACGCUCCGGGAUCUGCUCCUGCCUGCAUUGGUGGGAUCUGCUGAGCCUGCCCAGCUUCCCCAGCCCACACACAGAGAGGCUUUUGGAGGCAUCCGCAGGGUGGAGAAGCACAGGUGCAGCUGUGUUGGUUGAAGAGGGGCUGAAGAUGGAUUAUUGCUGCUGGGCACAAGCUGCGCUUCCAGCCAGGGACUGCGCGUGUUCAGUGGGGAAGGUGUAGCAGCGUUUGGAAUGGGGUGCCAGUGCCAGCCUGCUCUGGCCAGCCUCUGGACAUGAGGAUGUGGGUGCUGUUCAAGGGCAUCCCCUGAUGUGCCAGGCAGUACAGGCACUCCUGGAUGCACAGGAUCACAACCAAAGGGACUCAGAAGUCCUGGACGCCCUGUUCUGAGCGCUCUGUGCGGACUGGUCUGAGCUCUCUGCCUUUGUAGCUGAGCAGGGCCUCACCUGAAGAGUUUUAAACUGACAUCAAAGUUGCUGAUCAGACUGGUACCAUGUGGGCCAGCUGCUGUAACUGGUUCUGUGUGGAUGGCUCCCCCGAGGAGAUGCAGCCGCCGGCGGCAGCGCGAGCCCAGGCCUAUUCCAACCCCGGCUACAGCUCCUUCCCCUCUCCCACUGCUCCUGAGCAUAGCUGCAAAGCCUGUGGGAUGCACUUCGACAGCUCCUCCAGCAAGCACAUCUGCUUGGACUGUAAGAAGAGUUUCUGCACGUCCUGCUCAAACCAGCCCGAGGGUGGGCCCCUGCUCUGCCACCUCUGCCAGCGCUUCCGAGCCACGGCUUUUCAGCGGGAGGAGCUGAUCAAGAUGAAGGUGAAGGAUCUGCGAGAUUACUUGGCCCUCCGUGAGAUCUCCACAGAGCUCUGUCGUGAAAAGGAGGACCUGGUAUUCCUGAUCCUUGGCCAGCAGCCUGCAAUUACCCAGGAAGAUCAGAUAAGAACAAACACAUUUAAUACCAGUGAACAGCAAGACUUUGUGAGUCACCCCGCAACCAGCCCAGCCUCUCCUACCUCACACGAUGAGUCCUCAGUGUCUGCAGAUUCCAUCUCAAGUUCAGAAGCUCAGGAACACCAACAGGCCAAUGGCCACGUGCCUCCGAGCCCAGCCUAUGGAACAGCAGCUGAGAAUGCAGCAGAAGAAGCAGCAGCAGAGGAUGAGAUACAGUCCAGUGACUCCGAGGAGAACCCGGUGCUGGGCAGGAAGGCCUCCCUGUCUGACCUGACGAGCGUCGGGGACAUCAGCGCGCUCUCCGUGCGCCAGCUGAAGGAAAUCCUCGCCCGCAACUUCGUCAACUACAAAGGCUGCUGUGAGAAGUGGGAGCUGCUGGAGAGGGUCACUCGCCUCUACAGAGAGAAGGACCUUCAACAUCUAGUUUUGGACACUGAUGAUCAAACUGGUGGUGCUGGGCCCCCCAGCACCGAGGACAACCUGUGCAGGAUCUGCAUGGAUGCUCCCAUCGACUGCGUGCUGCUGGAGUGUGGGCACAUGGUGACGUGCACCAAGUGCGGGAAGCGCAUGAGCGAGUGCCCCAUCUGCCGCCAGUACGUCAUCAGGGCCGUGCACGUCUUCAGGACAUAGAGGUGGCUCUGGGCUCGGGGCUGCUGUGCCUUAAAGCCUCAGUGCUCCUGGGGAAAGGGAGACAUCCCUGCCACAGCUGCCUUGGAGAUCAGCUGCAGGAGAGGCGAGCAGGAAGCCUGGGGAAAAGCGCUCUGCUCAAGCCAUGCCCGACUCUGCUCAUCCCACCAUCGUGCUUUACACCACAGUGCCUGGACUCCUUGGAGCUCAUUGCCAGCAAUCAUUAACCACCUCCAUCCUAGGAAAAUUUGAGGACAGAUGGAUGCCCAGCUUUCCACCAGGAAGAUCAGCUCCAGAGGCUUUGUAUUUAUCUCUGAAUAAUAAAAGUGAACUGGGGUCUCAAAAAGUGUCCUUUGUUUUGCUGCUCAGGCUAUGCCCAGCAACAACUCGAUUUUCAAAGAUUAAAAUGUUACUGUGCUUGUUAAUUGUACUUUUAUUUUUAAUUUAAUGUAAAAUUGUUAUGCUUGCAGGACAGGCAGACCAUCCCUGCUUUCCCUAAUUCCAGCCUAGUGCAAUUGUGGAAAAAUGUGUAAUUUUAUAUCAAGGUUGUCUUUGUACUAUUGAAAACUGUUGGGGAGGGAGGCUGGGAAGGCUCAGCCUUGUUCUGUGUGCUGGGUUUUUGUUUCUGUGCCAGAGGGAGGGUUCUGGUUUGAUUUUGUCGACUUUGACUUCACAGCUCGUGCCAGAGGUGGGGCUCAAACUGAACUGCCCUCACUGAGGGAGCCACAAAUCCAAGGCUUGAGUCUUCCCCAGGGUUUAGUGAGGACUCCACUGCUACACAAUCAUAUUUAAGUGCAGGUGACUUUGUCUUUUUUUAGAAGGGACUCAUGGAAGAAAGCCUUUGUGUCCCUUGGAUCCAGGAGCAAUCUCCACUGCAGAUCAGCUUGCCCGUCCUCCCCAGGACUGUUUUACAGUUCUGUUACCUUCCACUGCUUAUCAAAAGCAGUUUUGUCCUUUCUGCUGGUGAGGGUGGGGAGAGGCUGUGGCCUGGUCCCUGCCAGCUCUCCUGGGCAGUGUGUUUGGCUGGAGAUUUGCUAGAGCAGGCUGGCAGUUCUUGCAGGAGGUGACUGUAACUGGUGUGUUUUCCCCUCAUGGCCUGCAGGCAGCCAGGGCUUCAGGGCUGAUUGAGCAUCCUGCUGCCCUCAGUGUCCAGGAGCAGGGACUGUCCCCUCAGUGCAGGGCAGCUGAGGCUGAGCUGUCCUGGCUGCUCUGGGGACAGGGGAUGGCUCCAUGUUCAGCUGGCUGCCAGCAGGGACCAGCACCAACUCCCCUCACAGCUCCUGGGCACUGAAGUGCAGCUGCAGGGACAGCAGCAGAGCUCCUGUGCAGCGGCAAGGAUGGCAACAGCGCAUUCAGCUGCUGUGCUCUGCACAGGGCAGUUCAGGAGCAGCCAGUGCAGGGAUUUGCUCUGGGCACUGCAGCCAAAACAGGGCUGGGAUGAGAAAUCCACGGCUGGGGAGGCAGCAGGAGAGAGACAGGGAUUUCUCACUGAGGUGCUCCCAGAACUCCACAAAACUGCAGCAGCUGCUGCAUUGGCUGAACUCGAGAUUCUGAGUUCUACCUCUGUCCCAGGCCAGGCUGUUCUGUAUCUCUGAUUUAAGUUUUAACAGAUCCAGCAUGAGAACAAACUGAACAAGUCAGAGCAGCACGACAGAGAAAAGGGCAGGUAGAAAGUGACUGCUGGCUCUGGAGAGCACAGGGACCUCGAAGAGCUGCAGGAAUGAAUACACAACGUGCUCAAAGCCUCUUUUAGGAAAUCCACUGUGAAAAUUCAUGCUGUUGUAUUUUUCAAUGAACUCAGGGCUGGGGGAGUUUAGCAGGAAGAUGAUUCCCCUAUGGAUAGAUGUACUUUUCCUUGUAUAGGGUAGGCUUGAUUUUCUACAGCAAUUAAAUCAAGCUGCAGAUCAAUGCCUGAAACUUUAGGGACGAGAAGAUCCACCCACCCUGUGACUUCAAAAUGUGCUUUGUGAAUGGAGGACUCUUGUUUCAUGUAUAAAAAUGGAUUCUCUUAUGGAUAUGAGUGAGUUGUUUUUAAAGGAAAAUGAAAAUCUGGAGGAAACUGAUUAAUGAUCCAAAGGAAUAUAAUGUUCUGAACUAAUAAAGUAAAUGGAAAUAUUUAUGUGCUUUAUGUACACUGUACAUUGUUUAAAGACUUUAAAACUUAAUGUUCUACUUGAAAGGGCAUGUUAUUCACUGUUAAAUUCUCUGGUACUAUGACAGUUCAACUUACUAGUUUUGGUACAGAAGUCUGGUUUAUAAUUUUAUAAUAAAGUUGAAUUGUGAUUUAGUUAA